GGGAGGUCGAGCAGGGGGGCGAUAAAAUGGCGCAGGGGGCGGAGUGAGGCGCAGUCUUUCGCCCAGGCCUCGGUCCGGCUUCGGAGAUGAACUGAUGUGAUGCCUGGGAUUUGCUUCAAAAUAGUCCGGAAGGUGGGAGUCAAUCAUUUUGACAAGUCUCCUGAAAGGAGCAGCUAGCAGGAGCUGAAACCUUUUUCCAUUUGGUCUUGUGGCGAAGGCAGAGAUCACGCCAGCAGCUGCACACAAUAUGAUGUGCUCACUAGUGCCCUCUGAACAGCCUUCUGGUACCUCUCUCUUGCCUAAAGACAAUGCCCCAUUUUCUUGGGGUUCCUCGGAUGAGGAUGAAUUAGAUGACUCCUUGCUAGAGCCGUCUGUUGGAGAAGAAGAUGAUGACCAUUUCAGUUUCACGGAGGAAGAGAUUGAGGCGCUCUUAAAAGAUGAUAACCUAUCAAAUGAGCAUAUUUCUUGUGAUGAUGAGUUGCUUGAAGGUGACAGCAGGCAUGUUAAGAAAGGAGAAAGGGAGGCUCAAAUUCUACUUAACACUCCACAAGAGAAAAAUUCAUUGUACAGCUUGGGACCGGUAGCUGAGACUCCUGGCCUCUUCAAAUUACCUCAACUAAGUACAUCAGUUGGUAAUGGACCAAUUCCUACUAAACCAUUAAAUAGACGCUUUGCACUAGAAAAGAAUCUUGUAAAAUUAACAGUUGUUACACCAUUUGAUCCAACAGUUUGCGAUGCUGUGCUUGAUAAGGACAAGACUGAUACAUCCAAAGAUAUUGAAAACCCCUCCUCCCUUGGAGAAGAGAUGAGAGAAGAUGGUGUUAGCCCAAAUAAGAGCAAACUUUGCACUGAAUCUGAAGGGAUCAGCCCCAGUAAUUCUGCCUGGGAUGGGCCUCUGCUCCCUUCUGCUUCAAAGAAUAACUUUAAACAAACUGUCUCUGAUAAAAGUAUGCAUGACAGUAAGAAACCUACGCCGGUAUCCUCUCAGAUUUUGGACCAUUCCGAGACUCCUAAUACAGGGUCAUCUUGGAGAAAUGGAUCACAUAAAUCGAGCUGUGAAACGAGGUUUUCAGUUAUUUCCAGUUCAUCAAACAAACAGGAUGUUCCUGACAAGGAUUCUGGCAAGCUGAAAGCCCCUGAGAGAAGACUAGGCAAAGUCAUUCCGGUUCUGCAAGCCAAAACGAGGACUAAUGUUCCGACGGUUUUACAAUCAGAUCUAGAACAGAAGAAGCAACUUUAUCUCAAGAAUGUCUUUGCUCAUAUAAAUGACCCAGUGGACCCUAACCAAGGUACCUUGAAGGAGCUCUGUGCCUUGGUGGAUCGAGUUCAUCAUAUGCAUAACCCAAAAUGGCCGCAUCCUUCGGACCUUACCACGCGAAACUACGCCCGGUUCCGACAGAAACCUCUGGAAAGAUACAGUCUGACUCAGUGGGUUGACAAGAACAAGCGAAGCCACCAACGGUUCCAGUGUCUCCCCGAUAUCCAGUGGCCGCCUCCUGAAGCCCAGCAUUAACCAAAACACAAAGCUCAAGCAAAACACCCACCUUUAUGUAGAGGUGAAGUCUCCUGGUGCCCAAAAGAAAUCAUCUUUUAAUCUCCUGUACAGAAGAGAUUCUUUUCAGGCUGCAAGCCAGUGUUAAUUAUUGCUCAUGACUUAUAAAUGGAUACAAGUCACUUUUAACAACCCUCUUACUUUUUUAUUUGAAUCUCUGAAUACCUGUCAGUAUUUUAAAGUUGGUAAUCUAAGACAUUUGAAGUAGGAUAGAGCAGGACAAAAAUCCUAUUCAGAGGACAAAUUGAAAUCGUAAAUCUCUCCUUCUAGUACCUACUAGCUGCCUUUAUUUUUUGGCUUUUAUUUCAUUCUUCAUCAAAUUUACUUUGCACAAUAGUAUUUACAAAUCUUAUACAUCUUAAUUCUGACAGACUGCUGAGUGACCGCUGUUGACUUGUGGUCUUGUGACUGAUCGUCUUCUCUGCCUUUGUCCAGGGAUUUUCCUUUUUGCCCCCAGUGACCACUGUGCACUCUAGGGCUCUGCCUAUUAGACAUAGAUAUGCCUCUUAAGAACAGUCUCCUUACUGUCUUUAUUGAAGAGCUGCCCACCCAGGGUCUCGACUCCAGGACAGGCAGGAAGCCAAGGGUAUGGAGGUAUCGUUGCUCUUCAGUUUCAUGUGCUGAACCGGAACUUCUAGUAUGAGGUGAUGUGUUAGUCAGUGAGCCUCCAUCCUGUGGGAGAGACUUUGGAGAGGCACUCAGUUGUCUCCGUUAGUCAGCAAGAGGUGCCUUCCGACCCUAGAUGCUACUGUCUCAUUUGGUCAGACCUCUGAUGCACAGUUUCACAAAACCACUAAAGUGGGUCUGAUAUAGUUGUGAUUAAUCCUGUGCACAAAAGCAUUACCUGAGCUUCAGGUUUGGUGUCAACCCGAGUUGGCAGACUGUGCAUCCAUCUUAAUGGAUGUCUUAGGAUUUCAUUAUUCUUUCUUCACAGACAGCUCUAGACAUCUUUUCGGAGAUUUUGUAGUCCAGCACCCGUGCUAUUGCUGUUCACUCUCUGUGAAGGUUGUAUGUACAUAGUUGCUGUAGCGCAGCCUGUGAUGUUAGGCUAGCUGCCUCUGUCUGGUUUGUUUCAUCAGCCCCAUUUUUGUAUGUGAGUAACCCAUCUUCAAUAUCCCACCCUGCUUUAGAAACUGACUUGGGAAAAGCUUGGUCAGUCAAGCCACCCAUAAAUUUAUUUUGUUUGGGGUUUUUUUUGGUUGUUUGUUUUAAGCUGAGCCAUCCUGCCACCGGUUGGCAGCUCAG